AUGGCGGGUGACUGCUCCGGGGCUAGCCGGACCUUGGCGGCACGCUGGCGCUCGGUAAAUCCCAUCGGGCAGGGCUUCGGUGUGCCUUUCGGGACGCGUAGUGCCAAGCGCCAGCCUCUCCGCUGUGUUGUGACAGACGCCGUCGCCUCUCCAUGUCUUCCUGAUGCUGGGGGCUCCGGAGCCGCAUCUGCGCAGGGUUCCCCGUACCAUGGCAGAGUGAUGAUUGGCGAUGAUGAACAAGGUUACGACCUGGACUUGUUCUGCAUACCUAAACAUUAUGCAGAUGAUUUGGAAAAAGUCUAUAUUCCUCAUGGGCUCAUCAUGGACAGGACGGAGAGACUGGCACGAGAAAUUAUGAAGGGCAUGGGAGGACACCACAUUGUAGCACUCUGUGUACUCAAGGGUGGCUAUAAAUUUUUUGCUGAUUUAUUAGACUACAUCAAAGCACUGAACAGGAACAGUGACAAAUCAAUCCCUAUGACUGUUGACUUCAUUAGGUUGAAGAGUUACUGUAAUGAUCAGUCAACUGGAGAUAUAAAAGUCAUCGGUGGGGAUGACCUCUCAACCUUGACUGGAAAGAAUGUUUUGAUCGUAGAAGAUAUAAUUGAUACUGGUAAAACAAUGAAAACGUUGCUGUCUCUACUUAAGCAAUACAAUCCAAAGAUGGUGAAAGUAGCCAGUUUGUUGGUAAAAAGAACUCCUCGAAGUGUGGGAUAUCGGCCAGACUUUGUUGGAUUUGAAGUGCCAGACAAAUUUGUUGUGGGAUACGCCCUAGAUUACAAUGAAUACUUUAGAGAUUUGAACCAUAUCUGUGUGAUCAGCGAGACGGGGAAGCAGAAGUACAAAGCAUGAAAGCAGAGCUCAAGUGCGAUGGCAACAGAGCUUUGAAAUGUUUUGUUUACCGAGUCCUAUCUUUCACAGGCUUCAACUCUGGUACACCAGCUAAAAUUGUAGAAUGCCCCGGCCCCAUUGUCAUACGCUUGCUAUAAUUUAUUGCAUGUACAAUAUAAGAUCUUGUCUUGUUCAUUUAUAUUUUAGAACUGUAAACGACUCGUGCAGUUCUGCACUCCUUAUUUUGAUUUGCACUAUGACUCUACCGACUAUUGCUGCCCCUGGUUGGGUUGUGCUGUUUGUGAGCUCCAGAGUCUAACUCUUGCAGUGGUAAAUUGCUUAAACCUCAUCAACCCAGAACUGAAAUAGUUCAAGUACUGUAAAUGUAAAACAUUUUAUGAUAGGGAAGUCUAUUAGUAAUAUUUUUAAAAUCUGUAAUUUAAGUUUUAUAUUUUAAUGCACAGAUGUGAUUGUGAUUAAUGGAUAGUUGCACCUUUGGGUGUUAUAAAGCAUGAGGAGCAGCCAGUUACAGUAUCUGUAAUCUCCAGGGAGCUCAUUCAGAUCUCCCGGAGUUGCCUUAUUGCUGUAAAGGAAGUCUGGGUGAAAAAUGUUUAAUUUUUUUUUCUUUUUUUUCUUUUUUUUUUUAAAGGAGAUGGAAUGACAAAACAGAAUGUUUAAAAUCUAGUUUUAGUUGAGCUGCCUGUUUCUGUUAGAUUAUUUUUUUUUCUUUAAAAGUAUCCAUCAGCCAGUGGAGUUGCCUUUUAAAUUUAAACGAUUUUAAUAUAUUUGUGGAAAAGUAUUGUAAAGUUUACUUUAUAAGAUCUACAAAACAAAGUACUUUAAAUAAAGGCUGUCUCUUUAAAAUAA